GCAUUUACAAAUGUUACUCAAUCUGAGCAACGACGUCACGGCAAUUUUCUGCGCUACUUGUUUAUCUCUACGCUGUGCACUUUCGAAAGCCGAUAAUAUCGAAAUGAUGGAACAGGCCGCCACAAAAGUUAACACAAUGUCAAAAAAUAAUGAAAUAUACAUAUGCGGGUUCAACAUGUCAAGUCUAUCACCCAACUGGAAACUGGGUGUUUCAAUUGCUGGGAUUUUUAUUUUGUAUAUAUGCUUCGGAGCAUUACAGGAAGCAAUAUUCUCUGCCAAUGAUUUACGAUCCUAUAGUCCAUUCCUUACACUAUAUCAAUUUGGAAUCUACUCGGUUUUAUCAUUUUUGGAACUACGUGCUCAUGGUUAUCUACUAUUCAACCCAUGGAUUCAUCUCUAUGCUAUUGUAGCUGUACUAACAUUGGGUUCAAUUGCUCUUUCUAAUGCUUCAGUCGGUUUUCUUAACUAUCCAACUCAAGUGAUAUUUAAGUGUUGUAAAAUGAUCCCAGUGUUGUUAGGUGGAGUUCUUAUACAAGGAAGAAGAUAUUCCAUUUAUGAAGUAUUGGCGGUGCUUUUGAUGACGUUAGGUUUAAUUUGUUUUACAUUGGUUGAUGUAUCUAUACAGCCUAAGUUUACUUUGUUUGGAGUUUUUCUAGUUUCACUCGCAUUAUGCUGUGAUGGAGCUUUGGGUAAUUUUCAAGAAAUUAUCAUGAAAAAGUAUGUUAGAUCAAAUUCAGAGAUUCUGUUUUAUUCGUAUUCAUUGGGCUUUUGUUUGUUGGCUUCCGUUCUAACAAUAUCCGGCAAUUUGAUACCAUCCUUCUAUUUUUUUAAUGAUCAUGCUUUACAAACGUAUGGUUAUGGUUUUAUAUUUUCAUUGUCCGGUUAUUUCGGUGUACAAUUUGUAUUGUGUUUAGUUCAUUCACAUGGAGCAUUGACUGCUGUUACAGUCACAACAUUUAGGAAAGCUGUUUCAAUCGCCGUAUCAUUUAUUAUGUUUGAAAAGCCUUUUUCUCAAGGAUACAUAUGGUCUGGUCUAUUGAUUGUAUUUGGACUUUAUUUAAAUUUGUAUAAUAAAAAUCGUUCAUCAUGGAAUGCUGCCAUUCUAAACAAAUUGAAGUCUUGUCAUUUAGUAAAAUCUGAUGCAAAGUCUAUCUUAACAGCAUAAAUGAAACGAAAUUAAUGAAUACCCUUUUAUUUUGAAAUAAAUACUUCUCUCUCAAUUGUAAAUCCAUAUUUUUAAAUUUUGCACAGUUUAUAAAUAGUGUACACACAUGUUUAUUUUUGUAUGGUUAAUUGGUUCCUCCGUUCAAUAAGUAUACACAUAUAAUAUAAAUACUUAUUUAAAACAACAAUGCUUUGAUCAUUGAACGGUAUGGCUGUGACUAUGAAAUUUCCUAUUUCUUAUUUAUAUGUAAAUUUAACGAUAAAUGUCUGUUAUACACUAUUUAUUAAUUUUUUGUUUCUUCCCACAUCAUAUUCUUCCUUUUUAUUUGUUUAUUUCUGUAGAAAAGUGACUAAUCGAUUCUAUAAAUGUUUUAUUUCUUUUUAACGGGUAAUCCAUAGUAUAUGUUAACUGGCUUCGUAUUAUUUUCUUGCUGUAUUCAUCUUCAACAAACGUUAUACAUGAUUUAUAUAUUUUAUAUUAUUACUUUACUAAUGGAAAAGAAUCUAACCACUAUGGUAUUGUAGACAUUAUAAUGUAUACAAAAUUAUUAUUGAUAAUUUAAGUUUGCUUCUUUAAAGAAACAAACUUACCUAAAUGCAAAACCUUGAGUGUUACAUUAGCCAGUGAGUAUAUGGACUAUUGAAAUC